GUUACAGACUUGUGGAGGUGCUGUCAUCUUAACAGACAUUGUAAAUUGGUGUCUUCUUGUUCCUUUUUCCCAAAAUCCCAGCACUGAACUGACCAAGAUGGUGGAAGACUAAAAUUGUUUGUGAUUACCGCUCUCUCUUCUUCUGGAUACGGCCCUCAAUAGCAUGCCGUUUCCUUUGCUCCGGUUUGCAUAUUUUGUUCUGUGGAGCUGCUUUUAAAUUUUUUUCCAAUGGGUGGUUCAUGCCUGCUGUAUUUCAUGAGUUGACCCGCCGGAGAAACCCACCGCGGCAGGCUGGCAGCAGUGAUGACCUCUGGGCUCCUGCACCUUCUUCUCACCCGCACUGAGAGUCAACUUGAAAGGAAGAAGAACAAUAAAAAGUUCCCAUCUUUUUUGUCCUGUAGCGAAAUCCCAUUUCUUUUCAUACAGUUCUAGACCUUCAGAAAAUGUCGGAUUCUGACAUUGAAGGUCAUCCUCGGUACUUCCUUAGAUGGCAAGCCGCACUAUGUGGAUUGAUUAUAGUAACCCCACUUGCGAUAGCACUGUACUUUAUCAAGAAAUUGAAAGCAGAGCCGCUUUACUUGGAUGAUUUGUGGAAAUCACAGUGGAGAAAGCUCAAUCCUCGCUGGUUACUCUGCUAUAGAGCUCUCGCGUUCAUAUGCACGACCCUGAUUCUUUCUAAGACUGUUGCCUCAGGAGGAGCUGAUAGCUUCUAUUUCUACACUCAGUGGACAUUUACAUUGGUUACAGUCUAUUUUGCGUUGGGAACUAUUAUAUCUGCUUAUGGAUGUUUGGUAUGCUCAAAUGGAUCUCCUUCUGUAAAUGGUGCAAUGAAGAGGGAUGUGGAAGAAGCUGCGGAUAUGAUGGGAGACUCUUUGACUUCUGGGGAAAAAGAAGUCAGAGGUAAAACCAAGUUGCAAAGUCAGUACGCUGAAGAGGUGAUUCAGCAAAGAGCUGGAUUUUGGGGAUAUCUUAUGCAAAUAUUAUACCAGACUUGUGGAGGUGCUGUUGUAUUGACAGACAUUGUAAAUUGGUGUGUUCUUGUCCCUUUUUCCUCUGGCCCCGUGGACUUGUUAGGUGUUUGCACACACACUUUGAAUGCUGUUUUUCUUCUUCUGGAUACUGUCCUCAAUAGCAUGCCAUUUCCUUGGUUCCGGUUUGCAUAUUUUGUUCUGUGGAGCUGCUUAUACAUUUUUUUCCAGUGGGUGGUUCAUGCCUGCUGUAUUUCAUGGUGGCCAUAUGAUUUCCUGCAUCUUAACACCCCCUGGGCACCUUUGUGGUAUUUUGCCUUGAGUGUUGCACACAUUCCCUGUUAUGGGAUUUAUGCACUGAUUGUUAAAGCCAAGAACUCAAUUCUACCCAGAUUGUUCCCUAAUGCUUUUCUGAGGCCUUGCUAACUUGGUCAUCCUUCAAAAUUUCUACUUUGUAAAAUUACCUCUCUUUUCAUUGCAUGCUUGUCUAUUCAAAGGAGGUGAUGCUCAGAUGACUCAAAUCUAUUCCAUCCUCAUGUUGUAGGGUUCAACUCAAACACCAUUUCUCAUUGUAACAAAAUCAAAUCAUGUAUGUUUCAUAUAUUUGUUGUAUAAUCUAAAUAAUCUAAUACACCGAAUGUCUUUUA